AUGGCGAAUGGGUGGCUCCCCUUGCAAAGACAACCAUGGCAACUGAGCAGUCGGCCGAAACGCAUGAGCUUCCUCAAAUCAGAAGGAAGACACCGUCGCAGCAGAAAAAAUUCGUUAACACCGUCAAAAAGAAGAAAUAUCGAGGACGAAGAGUGGUACCAUGGACUGCGCACUAGAGAUGAUGUUGCUCCAUUGUUACGGGAAACUGGAGAUUUUCUUGUUCGAGCUAGUCAAAGUGGCGAUUAUUACACGCUUGUCUUGAACGUGAAGAAUGGAUCUACAAUCGACAACUUGACCAUAAGUGUUGUUGGCGAUAAUUAUACUUUACAUUAUUUACUGGUCAGAGGGAAAGCCUUGAAGUUUGCUUCAGUAGGCGAUCUGAUCAAAUAUUACAAGCGGAAGGUUUUGGAACGUCGUGUGCCUCAAGAAGCGGGAGAACAAGACUUGGAUCCAAAACAUUCUAGCGGACCUUGA